AUGGUAUAAAGACAGAACAGAAAGCAAGUGGCAGCCAUUCACACAAACCACAAAAGCCUCACACCACACUGGAAUUACAAGGACACCAGUGUGCGCACUUACUGUGAACAGAACCCCAGAAUACAACCAGGCAGUCAUGUCAAAAGUCUUCAAGAAAACCAGUGGGAAUGGUCAGAUGACCAUUUACUUGGGGAAGAGAGACUUCGUGGACCAUGUGGAGUCCGUGGAUCCUAUUGACGGUGUGGUAAAGAUUGACCCGACAAAUCUUGGAGGCAAGAAAGUCUGGGUCUACCUGUCCUGUGCUUUCCGCUAUGGUCGUGACGACAUGGACGUGAUGGGGCUCUCAUUCAGGAAAGACAUCUGGACACAGCGCAAACAGAUAUACCCUUCCCUUGGAGACCAACCAGCCCCCACCCCUAUACAGGAGACCCUGAUGAAGAAAGCUGGUGACCAAACAUAUCACUUUACAUUCAACGUUCCAACCAACCUGCCCUGCUCUGUCACUCUGCAGCCAGGCACAGGAGAUAAAGGCAAGGCCUGUGGUGUGGACUUUGAAGUAAAGGCAUACAUUGCCAAUGAAGCAGAUAACCCUGAUGAGAAAAUCAGUAAGAAGGACACUUGCCGUCUGAUCAUUCGCAAGAUUCAGUUUGCCCCCGAUAACAAAGGCACGGGACCCAAGGCCGACAUAUGCAAGCAGUUCAUGAUGUCAGACAAGCCAGUCCACCUGGAAGCAUCCAUUGAGAAGGAGAUAUAUUACCAUGGUGACCCAAUCCCAGUCAGAGUAAAAAUCCACAAUGAAUCCAAUAAAGUGGUGAAGAAUAUCAAAGUGUGUGUUGAUCAGACCGCAGAUGUGGUGCUCUACUGUGCUGAUAAAUACAACAAGACAGUUCUGACCGAGGAGUUUUCCGAGACAGUGGAGCCCAAUGGAACAUUGGAGAAAGUCCUGAGCAUCACCCCAUUGUUGACUAACAACAAAGAGAAGAGUGGUCUGGCCCUGGAUGGCAGAUUGAAGUAUGAGGACACUAACCUUGCAUCCACUACAAUCUUGCGGCCUGGCAUGGAGAAGGAUGUGCUAGGCAUCUUAGUCUCCUACAAAAUUAGGGUCAACCUCAUGGCAACUCGAGGAGGCCUCUUGGGAGACCUGACCGCAAGUGACGUAACUGUGGAACUCCCCCUGGUUCUGAUGCAUCCUAAACCUGCCGGUAAAUAUCAGAGUCAUUAGUCACAUGACAUUUGAGCAUUUGUAACCCCUUUCAGGUAUUUUAUUUUAUUUUUUGUUCUAAGUUUUGUUCUGAUGGCGGUGAUGGUACUUUUAAAAGUCUAAUUCAGCACAGACAAGUUACGCGAGUGAAGAUAAGUGUUAACAGUGCUGUUGAUUAAACAAUUCUCAUGAAUUUUUUUCUUUCCUGUUUCUUCUGCCACAAUGAUGACUUUGCAAUGAGAAGAUGUGUAAGUACAACCUAAUGCUGAAGGGAAACCAGACUAAAGUGACUGACUAUGUGUUCAGCUUUUUAAUUGGAAUGAAAGGAAAAUUAUUUUUUUUAAAGGGUGUCUAUGGUGAUAAAAUCAUGGGGAGCAGUUUUUAUUCAUUCUAAAAGCAUACCUGCUGUGUUCACAUUUGGAAAUGCCUCAACAUUGAAUAGUCAGCAAGCUUAUAGUGAGCAGAUACUCAAUUGAUCUUUUAGUUCCCAAAAGUGUGAGAAACUACAGAAUAUUAUUUUAUCAUUUCUUUAUGUGUUGGAAUUUCCAUAUGCUCUUCUCAAGAACAACUUACAUAAAUUACAUAAGUAAAUACAUUUAUUUUGACAAAAGUAAAUAUUCUGAGAAGGACGACCUUGGGAAGGCCCAGAGAUGCCUUCUGUCUUGGCCUUUCCUUAACAAAUACUUGUUCAUUUUAUUACACAAUAAAUCCUCAGUAACUACAUGUCCUUAAAAUGUACAAUUGAGUAAUGUGUUUUGAUACAGUAUGCAUAUAAUUUGAUAAAGUCCUGAGAGUAAUGUUUUUGGUGAUGUCAAUGACACACGGUUAAUGCUUUUCUCAUAUGUUUAUGCAUUUUGUGAACUGCAGCGUACUGGAGUAAAAUUCCCGUUCAGUAGUGAAGCACAGAUGUUGUAAUUGAGUAGACUCAACACCAGACAAAAAAAGGGAACAACACCAAGGAGCAGCAGAGCAAAGAGAUGAACCGAAGGACGGAAAGCAGACAGGACAAGUGGACACCAAAAUUUAUAUAAAAAAAGAAUUGCUAUGCACUCACAAAAAUACUAAUUCCCUCAUCCAAAGUAAAUUGAAAAUUUGAAACAGACAUAUUUCCUAAGGCACUUUCUAUCUUGAUUCAACAUAAAUACCACUGACUGAGAUACUUAAUAUAAUUUUUGUGCCCCUCAACUCAAUUUGGAAUAUUGCGUAAAGAUUAACUAUCAGGUAAUGGUGGUGCAAAACACAAAUCUGUGGCUUGAGAGAAUAGCAUGUCCUUAUUUAAGAACCUCCGGUCUGUUCGUCUUUCACAAUCAAUCCCUUCUUAUCCAAAAUCAAGCAUCCCAUACAGAUAACUUAAGUAGUUUGUCAGUGUGUAUAGCCCCAACAGUAGAUGUGUAUAGGACAAAGAACUUGAGAUGUCACUUUUUGUGAAGUGUGUGAAGCUAUUUAAUACAGACAAAUAUGCCAGAUAUAUCAUUUUUAUUGUGCUGGGUGGGGGUGGGGGGGGAAGGCAGUUUGGCUCUUUAGUCACUGUUUGUCUUGACCAGAAAAUUAGGGAAUUGGUCAGCCUAUGUAACAGUGGGGGUUGUUUUCAAUAAAGAAUUUAAUUUACUUACAUUCAUUACAACCGUACAAGAGGAUUUUGGAACAAAUCACUGUUAAAAUAAAACUGUUACCACACA